AUGUUCCUUAAGGCAUCCGAAGAGGAACUUUCAGAGAGCCAUACUUCCUCCGAGGUGGCCAAGUACCGACCGCGCGCAUGCCAGACUUGCGCAAAAUCGAAGCUUAGAUGCGAAUGGCCGUCCGAGCCAGGGACCAACCCUUGUCACAGAUGUGCCAAAUCGAACACCAACUGCAUACUACCGAGGACAAAAACCCGUAAACGACGGGGCCCGCCAAAGAGUGUUAGCCGGCUCGAAGGCAAGUUGGAUGGCAUCAUUUCACUGUUAAGCGAGACGCAGAGAAAUACAAAUCACCAAGUGGCACCGAGCAAUGGCCCCGAAACAUAUACCGGUUCCCCGGCUGCGGGUGAGCUGCGCUGGCAACCUAGGAUUGGACCAGUGCAAGGAACGCUUGGCCGUCCUGAGGCUGGAACCGCCUCGCCAGUCUAUCAUCCCUCGGUUUCUAGUCACAACACUCCAUACUUGGCAACGCCACAUCGCACUGGCCAGUCGUCUGACCAGAUUCAAAUCGUCUCGGGGUUCGAGGUGACCUUUGAAGAAGCCGAUGCGUCCCUCGCCCUUUAUCGCUCGACCUUCACCCCUUACUUCCCCUUCGUUCCCAUCCCUGUCACAAUAACAGCAAACGAGCUUUACCAUACUGCACCGUUUUUACUUCGCACUAUUCUUCAGGUCGUGGUACCUCAUGACUUGCAAGCUCAGAGGCGUGUUGACCGGUGGUUUCACGAAUACAUAGCGCAGCAAAUUGUGGUGGAGAAGAAGAGGCGACUGGAGCUUCUGCAAUCGAUACUGGUCUUUCUAGCCUGGGGAGAUUUCCAAUUCUAUAUUGAGCCACAGGCAACAGCCUUGCUUCAAUUAGCCGAAACGCUCGUCAUUGACCUAAGGCUCGACAGGUCGCCGAGCAUAUUAGGUGCUGCUCGCCUGUCUUUUAUACCUGAAGUGGCGCAGAAGAUUGGGAAGAUGAGGCAGGAAACCCGCACCCGCGAUGACAUGAGAGCCAUGUUGGGCCUCUCUUAUCUGCAGUCAGUAAGAACAAGGAACUUCGUCUUCACAAAGUACAUCAGAAAUUGUUGUGACACGUUGCUGGCUGCGGGGGAGCAUGAUACGGAUCAGUUCCUCGUAUCUCUAAUACGAAUGCAACAACUUCUCGCUCGUGUCUCUGAUGCUAUCCCAAAUCCAGACCAAGAUGAACAUGUCGCCCAAGCCAUGGACGCAUCUGUUCAUAUGAUGAUGGAGACCACGAAAAGGGAGCUGGACAAAUUAAUUCAGGCUCAACCCCCUGGGCUCCAGACCAAUGUCUUGCUUUGGACGCACUACCACGGCGUCACAAUGAGACUCUACGAACCGGCAAUCCACAUGCGCCCAUCUUCACGAUCUGGCGACCUCCAAGAGUCAUCACGCCGCACCGACGCUCUCGCAGGCUGCCUGCAAUCAGUCAAGGAUUUCUUCGCAGCAUAUGCCCGUAUCCCACUCGAGCUUCUCGGCGUAAUGCCGCUCGUGGCAACAUCAUACAUGUCCUUUGCGGUCGUGACGGCAAGUCGCAUCCUGCUUCUCAACGACUCCGACUGGACGGUGAGCCUGGCGCGUCUGACGCUUGACUUGGCGGCUGCGUGUCAGACUUUGAGCAGCCGCUUUGAGCAGGCGGAUCAGGUCGCGCAGAUCGCGGGGCGGCGGAGGAGAUUUGACAAUGGCGUAGACGAGUCGGUCCUCCUUUGUUACAGCGUGAAGAUCAAGUGGAUAAGGCAGUGGUACUUGGCAAAAGUGGCGGCGGAGUCUCGUCCCUCUGCGUCAUCGAAUACACAGCCUAUGGAGUUUGACCGGAUAUCAGCGACCGAUGACUCUGGUUCGUUACCCGUUCAGUUGGAUGAUGACUUUUGGAAUGCCUUGUUGACUUCAACCGGGCCGAAUGCUUGGGGUGAGUCGUAG